AUGCCUAAGGACGGUGAUAAUGUCCGAGUCCAAGCUGAACACAGCUCGCUGGACUUAUUAAAUACAGUUUCUGUGAAAGUUUCAGCGUUUUGGCCUGAUUCUGCGGAGGCCUGGUUUGUCCAGGUUGAGGGUCAGUUCGCCCUCAAGGGAGUAACCUCCAGCACCACCAAGUUCUACUACUGGGUCUCAUCGUUCAACCAGGAGACUGCUAACCAGGUUCUAGAUCUUAUCAAAUCUCCUCCUUCUUCCGAACCCUACGAAGCUUUGAAGAACUGGUUGCUGAAGUUGUUUGCUCUCAACGACUAUCAAAGGUAUGAGGCAAUUUCUAACCUCCCUCUUUCCGGUGACAUGAAGCCGUCCAAACUCAUGUCAAACAUGCUUGCUUUACUGCCUGUUGAUCACAAGCCAUGCUUCUUCCUCCGUGGAGCGUUUCUCAAGAGAUUGCCCGCUGACGUUCGAGCUCAUCAACUCAGGGAUGAUUUUUCUGAUCCUAUAUCCUUGGCCUUGAAAGCUGACGAAAUCUAUAAGAGCAGAGUUUCCUCUUCGCCUGUUUAUGCUGUCUCCAGCGCCCAGGAGGAGUCUGUUAACUCCGUUAGAUCCUCAGCUACCAACCGGCCCCACCGUUCAGCUACUCCUCACGCUGGCAGCCACCAGGAUAACAGGUGGUUAUCUCCUACCAUGUGUUAUUACCAUAGUUCCUGGGGUUCCAAGGCCAAGAAAUGCAGAGCUCCGUGUUCCUGGUCGGGAAACUAG